AUGGCUGCCACCAUGCAGUGUGGAGACGACACAACUACUUCAGAAAACAGCAUGUCUCUAAAGAAAACUCUGUCUGUAGCUUCGCCUUUGACCUUGAGAAUUGUUGCCGAGUGCCCCGUGACUAAAGCCAGAGCUUGUGAGCUCGUGCUGCCGCACGGCGCGGUCAACACGCCGGUUUUCAUGCCUGUCGGUACUCAGGGAACUAUGAAGGGGAUCACUGUGGAUCAGCUGGAUGCUCUGGGCUGUCGCAUAUGUCUGGGGAACACAUACCAUCUUGGCAUGAGGCCGGGGCCUGAUUUGAUCGAGAAAGCCAGAGGUUUACAUGGGUUCAUGAACUGGAAGAGAAAUCUCUUAACUGACAGUGGAGGGUUUCAGAUGGUGUCUCUUGUUGAGCUGUCAGAAGUCACUGAAGAAGGGGUCAAGUUUAAGUCCCCCUAUGAUGGCAAAGAGAUCCUGCUGAGUCCCGAGAAGUCCAUCAGCAUACAGAACAGCUUAGGGUCAGACAUCAUGAUGCAGCUUGACGAUGUAGUCAGCAGUACAGUGACGGGACCAAGAGUGGAGGAAGCCAUGCACAGAUCCAUUCGAUGGCUGGACCGCUGCAUUGCUGCCAAUAAAAACCCUGACAAACAGAACCUUUUCGCCAUCAUCCAGGGUGGAUUGAAUGCAGAGCUGCGCAAGGCUUGCUUAGAUGAAAUGACUCGGCGUGACGUUCCCGGUUUUGCCAUCGGGGGUUUGAGCGGAGGAGAGGAGAAGGAUGACUUCUGGAGGAUGGUCACACUGAGCACUGACCACCUCCCACGCGAAAAGCCUCGCUACCUGAUGGGUGUUGGGUACGCUGUGGAUUUGGUGGUGUGUGUCGCACUGGGCUGUGACAUGUUUGACUGUGUUUUCCCGACCCGCACUGCAAGGUUUGGCUCUGCUUUGGUUCCUUGGGGAUCCCUGCAGGUCAAACAGAAGCAGUAUGCCAAAGACCUGCAGCCCAUAGACCCAGACUGUCAGUGUCCCACCUGCAAGAGACACAGUCGUGCCUACCUGCACGCACUGUUUAAGAGUGACACUGCAGCCAUGCAUCACAUCACGAUUCACAACAUUUCCUACCAGCUCACCCUGAUGCGCUCUGUGAGACAGAGCAUCGUGGACGGCCGCUUCCCCGACUUCAUACGGACGUUCAUGAAGAGACUGUUUCCCUCUCGUGACCAGUAUCCCAGCUGGGCGGUGGACGCUCUGGCUUCGGUCAACGUUACACUGGAGUAGAGAACCGAUGGAACGCAAACGGACGCAAAAGUCAAACAGUGACAGAAUUUUUUUUAUAUCUUUUUAAGUGGUUUUCUGGUUUUCAACUCUGUUUAUAUUUUUAUAUGCAUUGUUAACUCUUUGUGACCAUAAGGAGACCAGGAUGCGGUCUGAGGGGAUAAACUCUGUCAUUUUGUCAUUUCCACCCAACGGUUUCACUCAUUCUCUUCAAAUUGUCCUCAGAGUACACAUUAUGGUAAUGUAAGACUGAAUGGGGUUUAAUGAGGUUUGAAACACAUGAACUAUCUCCUCGGAUGUGCUUAGACACUUUUUGUUGUUACCAUGGAUACUGUGCUUCUGGCCCACCCACUUCAAAUGGAACGGUUUGCUUUUACUGUCAACAUUUUGAAUUUAUUCCAGAGACAUACGAUGUCUCACAAAAUAUCCUUAAUA